AUGGGGAAGCGAAGACUAAUGAAAUUUUGUGUAGUCGGUGGUAAUGCAGUCUCGGCCUUUCUGUCGUGGAGGCUGCAGGCAACUAACUCAUGCGAUGUGACCCUGGUGUGGAAGUCAAACUUUGAAGCCGUCGCCCAAUAUGGCGUGUCAUUCCGGUCUAAAACAUUCGGAAAUGAACGUUUCAAACCCCGCCAUGUCGUGCGAUCACCAGAAGAUGCUGCCUCACGGGAAAACGCUUACGACUAUGUUAUUCUGUGUGUCAAGGCCCUGCCCGAUAUUUUUGACCUAGGAUCGGUCAUCGAAUCUGUCGUCACCCCCCAACAUACAUGUAUUCUGGUCAAUACAACGAACACUUUGGGCGUCGAAUCACAUUUAGAACAGCGCUUUCCUACCAAUGUCGUUUUGUCUUUGGUUUCAAAUGUCGACCUGACCCAAACAGCCGUGAGCGACUUCGAGCAUGAGGGCUCAUCCGAAAUGUGGGUUGGCCCUGCCAGCAAAAACCCUUCGAUCCCCGCCGCCAUCCAGAAUGACAUGGCCUCUGCACUCGCCAUAACUCUGAGUUCGGGCCAAGUCGAUUGCAAGGUGUCGUCCAAUAUUAGACAAGAACAGUUUGAGCGAAUGAUUGGUCCCGUUGCAUUCCAUCCAGUUAGCGUCCUGUUUGAUACACCCAACCAUACCCAGCUUUUGGAGAAAGUAGGCGUGGGACAAUUGAUCAACGAUGUCAUCGAUGAAUUGAUCCAGUUGGCGACGUCUCAAGGCUGCUCAUUCGGUUCUGAUUUCCGGGAGAAGACAAUUGAGAAAAUGUCGGCCGUUGAAUCUCAAAGUGUCAUGUACCAAGACUUUCUGGCUCGCCGACCUAUGGAGGUUGAAACGUAUCUGGGAUCGCCGGUGCGUCUGGCAAUGGAAAGCAACAUCCGUUUACCUCGGAUAGAGACCAUCUACGCUAUGCUUCAUCAUGUCAACAUCGUCAAUCAGAACAAGCCUGUACAAUCCGAGUCACCACCACCAAUCGCCUCCCACCUUCCCCCAAGGACAUCGUCUAUACCCCCCACGCAAAAGCCAAUCACCAAUGGCAUGCGUUCAAGCCGAACAGCAUCUGGAAUGGGCAUGGGCAUGGGCAUGCCGCCACCACAUCAAAGACGAGGGCCGCCGAUGAAUGGACCAAUGAACGGACCUAUGAAUGGCCCAAUGAGGCCACCCAGUGCACAAGCUGGGCCAACACGGCUCCCUCGUGAUGCCUCGUAUGAUGAGAAUGGACUGGAAGAAUUUAGUCAUCUUGUUGUCUACGACGAAUACCCUGCUGACGGAGCUCCCAAUGGCAAUGGGGUUCAUAUUCCCGAUAUUCCUAACGGCGGACCAGGCAUUCCUCCUGAUAUUGCUCUGCGCGAGCGUGAAAUAGCACUUCGACAGCGAGAGCUGCAGCUUCGUGAGCGCGAAAUGGGAAUGAGGCGUGGCCCCCCAGGUCCUCGUCGUGGACAACCACCACAGCAUGCGUUUGACGAAGAAGACGAUGAUGACUUUAUUGAUCCAAUGGACUUCCGUCCGCCUCCAGGACUCGAUCCCGAAAGUAUCGACAUGAUGAGUGUCACAUCUCGACGAACGAGGAAGGCGCCCAGUGCUAGUCAAUUACGUCGAAAUCCUGACAUGGGAAUGCCGAAUUCGCGACCACCAUCAUCUAUGAGCCGCUUUUUUGGUCCCUCUCCGGGUGGACGCAAAAACGCCACUUCUCGCGUGAUGCAAGAUAUUCCUACUCUCCAUGCUUCCCUCAUGGAUGACCCGAUGAUGGGUUACUCGUCUAAUCGAUAUGGCAACGUUGACCGGAAAGAAAUGCACAUCGACUCUAGAGCAAAUUCUCUGUCAACCAUGAGUCGUAUGGGCGACUUCGCCCCCCCAGGGCCUUAUCCUCCGAGCAGACGAACCAGUGCAUCGCCAGCUUCACCAUUUCCCGGCGGGCGAGGAAUGGGUCGUCCAUUCACCUCGUCAGAACAUCCAUAUGGGGGUCCAAACGGCAUGCCACCUCAUAACCGCCCAUCUCCUCCAAAUAUGCGGGCACCUGUCCCUAGAUAUCCUCCUGGUCAUGGAAACGCGAUGGCAGCGCAACAAGUGGAACAAAAUCUUGGGGUGAGCAAUUCAUAUCCAGUCAAGAAUUCUCAAAACGUUCGAAGUCUGACUGGAAGUGCGAGCGCCAGCGGAGCGAGUGGUGAUAGUGGAGCGAGUGCGAAUCUUGAUUCCGAAAACUCGGCUCAUAGUAGCCAGAUCAGCCUCGGUCAUCCCAUGGCCAUGCCCGUUCGCUAA